AAACAAAACACAGCCGGCAAAAUCGGAACGGUUUCGUGCAAAUACCAACGGUUUCAGAAGCUGGGAGAACGGCGUACAUUACCAUCUUCUGCUUUUCAUCGGAAUAGUGGUGUGAAAACGGAGCAAAAAUGAAUUCAACACCAAAACCUGGCUGUACCGCAAAACUGCCUUCGCCUGCCUUGACGGUGGUAAGCAAUACGGACGAAAGCGAGCUGAACGAUAGUACAAAGCAUGACGGUCGAAAACGGUCGUUCCCGCACGAGCGCGGUAUAUGGGCAAGCUAUGUUUUCGUUGAUUGUAGUCAUAUUGAUGGCCUACGCGGCAUACAGCAGGAGUGCAAAACCUUCCUAGAUACGGGUACAACUAUCGACUUCCGGCUUGUGGACCACCUGCACCUGAGCCUUACCAAAACCUUCACCAUCCACCACCAUAAUAUCGCAUCGCUGGUCGACAACUUACAGGAGCUGCUGACCGUGCAGAAAAAUUUCCGCCUAGAAUAUGAUGGUCUAGAAGUGUACGUGAACGAAGAGCGAACCCGCACGUUCCUUGGCGUGCGCGUUGCCCCUUCCUGCUGUGAUACGCUGGAGACACUCGUCACCAGCUUGGACGAGUGCAUGGAGCAGUAUAAAUUGCCUAAAUUCUACACGCAACGUUCUUUCCACGUGAGCAUUUUGUGGUGCUUGGACGACAGAGAGGAGGAAAUUCGUGCACAUUUGCCGGCACUGACGGAUGUAUUCGAACAGGUGUACGAAGAGGAGUACGGUGAAAUGAAUAAGCCAGUAGGAAAACUUAGUUUCAAGUGUGGCAAUAAAACGUUUUAUUUCCAGCUUGCUUGAAAAGGAAAGAAUGUGUUCGA